AUGAGCUGCUCAUUCAGCCUCCAUGUUCCCAAAGCUCUACCUCCUCUCCCCUAUUAUUCAUCAUCAUCACCUUCUCUCUUCAUUUCUUCCAAACACAAACCAUACAACAACACUACAACUCCUUCCAACCAAUUGCAUAUAGUAAAAUGCAACAGCCAAAAGCCAAAUGAUCAUGUCACUCUAAAGAAACCAAAUUUGGCACUGCCCAUAGGAGCACUUCUCUUGGCCUUGGCUGAGCAUCCAGCAGCAUUAGCAGUGACUGGAGAUAAUAAUAAUCCACAAGAACUCUCAUGGAUUUUGAUACAACUGGGAAUUGUUUCUUUUCUCUACUUCAUCACUGCACCACCAUUGAUUUUGUAUUGGCUUUGGAAAAGAUGGUACAGAAGAAAGCUUGUUGAAAUGUAUUUCCAGUUCAUGUUUGUCUUCAUUUUCUUCCCAGCGCUGCUUCUUUGGGUACCGUUUCUAAACAUCAGGAAGUUUCCAAGGGAUCCAGACAUGAAGUAUCCUUGGUCUAUACCUGAAGAUCCUUCAAAAGUAAGAAAUGCAUACUAUAAGUAUCCUUUUGCUGAUCCUGAGGAUUAUGACUAG